UUUACGGUAGUAGUGGUGCUGAUGCGGGCGGGGAAGUGGAAUGAGUCAGGGUCUGUGAUGCUGCUGCUAGCGCUGCCAUUUCAUCAACAGCAACAUUCAUUUCAUAACAUUUUGCGGCCUUCAAAAACUGUAAACGAAAAAAAGAGAGUAGUGAAAAGAAAACGAACCCCGUCGAAUGUAUCACAUUCGAAACGAGUGUGGUUUUAGACAAUAGUGUAGACUUCCGUUUACAAAUAAUAACCUUUUGUGGAGUAAAGCGUGCUGUGGAUUCUUCUCUUAGACCUAGGCCGUUCGAGCCCGUUGUUAUCGUUAUAAACCGUAAUAAAGACAUUAGACCCGUGGUUGGAUCUCUCCAGGGGAAUUGUAAACUGUGGUUUAUGUGUCGCUGUAAGACCUUUUUCCGGAGUUUGUUCUACGAAAGAGGAGACGAGCUUCUCGAAACGAUGGAACCUGCAGCAUUCGGGUUCUGAACGCCGCAACUAAACAACAAGCUAGACAGUAGUCACCAUGGAGGCGAUAUGGCUGUACCAGUUCCGACUCAUCGUCAUUGGGGACUCGACGGUGGGGAAAUCGUGUUUGAUCCGGCGGUUCACAGAGGGACGCUUCGCCCAGGUGAGCGACCCCACAGUCGGCGUAGAUUUCUUCUCUCGCCUGGUGGAGAUUGAGCCGGGGAAACGGAUCAAGCUACAGAUCUGGGAUACUGCGGGACAGGAGCGGUUCAGGUCCAUCACAAGAGCCUACUAUCGUAACUCGGUGGGCGGGCUCCUGCUGUUUGACAUCACAAACCGUCGCUCCUUCCAGAACGUUCAUGAUUGGCUAGAGGAGGCCCGGAGUCACGUCCAACCACACAGCAUCGUGUUCCUAUUGGUCGGACACAAGUGUGACCUGGAGCCUCAGCGUCAGGUGACUCGUCAGGAAGCUGAGAAACUCGCCAGCGCCUACGGGAUGCGUUACGUAGAAACCUCGGCCCGCGACGCCAUCAAUGUGGAGCACGCCUUCACGGAGCUGACCAGGGACAUCUUCCACCUGGUGAGGAGCGGUGACAUCACUAUCCAGGAGGGUUGGGAAGGGGUGAAGAGCGGCUUCGUCCCCAACGUGGUCCACUCCUCCGAGGAAGUCACCAAGAGUGACCGGCGGUGCCUCUGCUGAUCUGGAGGGAUCACUAGAGAGAUCUCUGACUCAAGCCUGGUUUCACCUAGGUCCUCCUGGAUCCAUUUCAGCUCUAGUUUAGCAAUUUCCCUCUGCUGAUCUGCAUCAGGAUGGAGGGAUCUUACCCACAACUAUACUACAUGGUCAAAAGUAUGUGGACACAUCAAAUUAGUGGAUUUUGCUAUUUCAGCCACACCUGUUGAUGACAGGUAUAUAAA